AUGCUCUUACUUCUCAUUUACUUUGCCAGUCAGCUUCUUGUUUAUGGUAUGUCAUAACGAGCUUUUGUCAUGAUUUUAGUUUUUUUAUGUCAUUUUGACUCAAGAUAUGUCAUAUUAUAUGAGUACAAUAAAAUUUUAUUUUUUAUUAUCUUUACAUAGUGUAUUAGUACUAUGUAAGAGAUAUAUGGGUAACAAAACAAAGAUGACUUAUUGGCAAUGACAUUGUAGUAGCUAUGUUUAGAAUGUUGUAUGCCACCAUUGGACAGCCAGGCAUUUGUACUGGGCGACUUUCAGAGUGCGGCUAGGGCAUUUGGAGAUACCAUCAACAAGGUUCAAACGCCAAUCAAGUUGGGUAAGGUACUAAUUCAUUAUGUUUUUCAAAUUGAAUGUUACGCAAGGAAAUUCAAACGUUUUACUGACUUUACAGUUCGAACGUAUAAACUUUAAACUUUUGUCAUUUUGUGUUUUUCUAUGAACUUAUUGACCAAGACUCUUUUAGAUGCUAAAACAGUCAAGAAUACUGUAGUCUCAGAUCCGAUAGAUCUGUUUUGUUAUGACUUUGAUGACAAAUGCAGAUGGCGUAACAUUGAAGGCGCUGGGGUCGAUGAACUGGACUGGUAUCAAGGAGCGGGCUUCCUUGAUGAAUCUAGGCUUCGAGUCUCUACUGGAACUCAUUUGAGUCCGGGUGAGUGUACAUAUGUUAUUAUUGUUAAAUUUUGGUACAAAAAGCAUAAAACAAAAUAAAUUAGGUAAAGGUAGAACAGAUGAUUAUAAGGAAGUAUAUGAAAUUAAAAGACAAUAAAAUAGUUGCAUUUUUAGAUGGAUAUUACGGUAUUGCUGCAAGUGACCGUAUAGAGUUUCCAACUUCAAAGGCUAUCCUGGUCAGUGAUCCAAUAGACUGCCAACUAGGCCAGGCCGAACUCAGGUUUAUGUAAGUAACAGUUUAUUUUCAGCAUGUCAUCUAUGACAUAAUUAAUGUAAUGUAUCUGUAAAUGACUAGUAAAUAUGAUUUAGGUACUGGACCAGUCCAGACGUAAAACUGAUCAUAUGUACCAAGUCAAUGUCAAAGCCGGCUGGCGACUACGAUUACUGUGCGUCGGCCAUAGAAACAGGUGAUCCAGGCCCAGCUUAUGUUAGUAUACCUGACCUCGCUGGGGAACCUUUUCAGGUAAGACAUAUAUCAAUUAAGAUACGAUUUUAGUAAACUAUGAAGAAUAAAAUUUAGAAAAAUGGAAAUAUUUGUUUUGUUUAUACUACUGUAACCUGGUUUAAGUUAUAGAUAUAUGUCCGCGCCGAAAACUUUAUUUACAAUUCGGCCAACUUACAAGGCGGUUUCGCUAUCAUAGAUAACAUCGAAUACUUUGGAGAAUUCUGCCCGAAACCUCAGCUAAUGAGACACAAAGUGCCGCACAGUCGAACGGUAACUUCAUUUAUCUACUUUGCAUUGUAUACUAUAAUAUCUUUAACAAAUAGUCAGUAAUUUACUACAUAUACAGCUUUAUACAUGCAAAGUAAUAUAAAAGUUACUCAAUUUAGGAACCCCACCUCUUAUCAGAUGCUGUAGUUCCAUCUCAGGCUGAUCAAAGUAUCAUAAUCCACAGUAACCCUGACAUACACAAGGACGUAUGUGAGGUACUGGACUGCUCUUUUAAUGCUACAGAGUACUGCGCCGGUCAAGUACAUGGUAGUGGAUGGCUGACUACAACCUUCCCGACCUCUGAUAUCAUAGGUGGCAUUCCGGGUGACGCUUCUCGGUUACCGUAUAACAAAGGUAACAUUACUUCAGUUUUUAUGUAAUUUCGGAUAGUAAGCUCUUCAAUGAUACUUAAUUCAAGCUAGCAUAAUCUUAUUAUAACUAUGUUACUCAUAGAUACAUUUGUCUUUAGAUGGUAGUUUCGCCUACAUAGGAGGUCCUCAGAUGAAGACCCGCUACACGACGAAGAAGUUCUCGGUGGAGGAAGACCUGUUCCUGAUGUUCGCCUACUUCAAGGCCAACCAGAUGGGAGAUCUGAGAGUGUUUCUGAAGCGAGAGUACGACACCAAAGAGCAGUUAUUGUUUACGGUAGGUCUACAUUAAGGUACGGUACCAUAUUCAGACACCUAAACUCACAUUGGAGAGUCACCGGUGGUUCCGCGAAGUACGACCGCUAUAUCCUGGCAACUACGAGUAUGUAAGUCAAUAUUACAAUGAGUUAGCCUUACUAAUACGACACAAAGGUUUUUCACAAGGUGAUAUAUUGUUGUAG